CAACCUUUCUUUGAAAACCUUGAUGAAAUAAAUAAACGAGUUAAUUGUGUAUUAGCGCUUAACCAGCAGUUUGCUAGUUGUCGCCUUGACGCCGCCAAAGUCACACUCACGCAAGUAGCUUGUCAGCCACGUUAGCAGUUAAAAAAAAAAUCUAAGACAUACAAAGCGCGACUCAAUCAUCGCUAGUUUAGUAAGCUACUAAAACAAUAACAACGAAAGUUUAAUCAUCAGCUGACAUUGCUGCCUCUACGAAAAAUACGCAACAAGUUUUAAAAAACAAAAAUUUCCAACUAUUUAAACAAAAAAAGUUAACGGUGCUGACUCGUUUUGAAAACUGCGAACUUGAAAAGAUAGGCAAAAUAAAGAAAUCUACUUGAAAUACGUGUAGAUCUACAUAUAUAUAAGUACAUAUAUUAUUUGUAGUUGCAAAUGUGUGCAAUACAAAUAUAGCGGGGAUUCCAACCGGAGCAUUUAUCAGCGAUAGUUGUUUACAAAAUAAAUGAUAAGAUAAAGUCGAACCAUAUUAAGGCGAAAUCGAACCGAGCAUUUAACGCUUUGAUUUUGUAAAUUUUGUACGCGCCCGUCAAUGUAGGAAGUUGGACGCGAUUUGCUGUAAGGAAAGUAAAGUGCGCGAAUAAACAACAAUUAAUUAAUUAGUGCAUUCGACUUGUUUAUUUAUCAACACAAAUAUCAACCAGUAAAAAGCGCUGCAAGCAUGUCAACUCCACAUAUACAAUUUAAAGCAUUGAAGGGCUUCCCGCCAGCCACUAAAGAUAAAAUCGAAACCGAAGCAUUUCUGGAGUCUGCAAAGGAAAUUGUAACCGUUAUUGAGUCCUUCGGCAAACUAUUUACACCUGUGAUAAGUGAUAUGAACGGAAAUAUUACGAAAUUAACAAAAGUCUAUAAUAUGGACAAAAUCAAAUAUGUCUACCUUGAGGAUAUGAUCAUCUUGAACGUGAAAGUGGACAACUUCGCUGCGGACGCGCUUUUGUGGUUAAAGCGUGGACUACAGUUAAUUUGCACCUUUUUUGAAAACAUCUUCUACGACGCACAAGCGACGGACGCGCUGAAAAUACAUUUGCAGAAUGCAUACGAGCGGACGCUGAAGCCUUAUCACGGCUUCCUAGUGCAAGGCACCAUAAAAAUAAUCUACAACUGGGUGCCUACACGCUCACAGCUGAUCGGUACGGGCGAGGCGCACGAUGAGAAUCUGCAAGAAUUGGGGAAAUUUCUACCGACAAUGCGUAGCCAUUUGAAUCGCAUCGAUGCGCUGCUAAAGCAAUGCAACGUUGAUAAUGCUAAGGUGUGAGAAAUGUGCGGCGCAGACCUGUUUUUUAUGUUUUAUUUUUUUGUUUUUAAACACUUAACCAGUUGAUCCAAAGAGGCUGCUAUAUUGACAACACAUUAGGUUAGCGCCUAAUUCAGGCCAGUUUGAACCAUGUUAUCAUUUAUUGAUACAUGUAUAAUUUAUGUAUUAAGCAUUUUACGUUAACGACCCAUAUUACUUUAAUGUAUUUAAACAUUUUAUAAAUAAUUUAAGGUUUUGUGUAAUACUAAUGUUGCCUUGCACUUUAUUAUAAGCUUUAUUAUGCCAUUUUAUUUAUUUAUUUGAUAAAAUUUGAUAAUUUGUAGCAAAAAAAUUUAAAAAGUAUAAUAAAUUAAAUUAAAUUAAUUAAAUUUAA